CGUAAUUGUUUGUGUCGUGUAUUUUAGGGAUAUUUUAUUGUUCUAGACCAUUAAGAUUUGUAUUCGUUCGUGUUGUGUGAAAGAAGAAUCGUCCGAGGUCUUACCCACUUUUGUUGAUCAAGAGUGCUCUGCUAGAAGUAUGCCAACAUCUGCGUGCGAGAUAUCCUAGCGGAAGCCGUUCCGGAGAAAGCAACGAAAAAUCUAAGAUUCCAGAUGGCAGCAUCACAUUUAAUCGAGAAACUGAAGUUUGGCGAAAGGUACAUCCUGGCGGACAUCGUCGUUGUUCCACUAACAGUGCCCCAGGAUGCGGUUUCCGCCGGAGGGCUAGAGACGGCCGCGCGCAACAAGUAUCUGACGCGCGAUGUCUGGCAAUCGUUCGUGUACACCGGACUGUACGAUCUGUUCCGCAGGCAUUUGCCCGAACACGGCCAGGACGUGAACAAGGAUAGUCCGUUUCAGCUAAAUCAAGAGUACCGUUUGCAUUGUAAAGAUCGUCCCUAUCUACAGAUGAAGUACAAUUUCCGCGAUAAACACUUUCGCAACACGCUGAACGGACUGUUUAGGGAGAAAUCCUCGGCCUUACACGACAGCUGCGUCUACGUGGAGAUCAGCGAUCAGGGUCAAGUAUUGUUUAACAAAAUCGACGAUCGUGAAAAGACCGUGUUACGAUUGGUGAAGGAAAUCGAGGAGCUCAAAGCGGCCCGAGCCUCCUUUGCGGAGACGAAAAGUACUGAACGGGGAAUCGAUGCCGGAUCACUGGAAUAUGAGGAGUAUCACCCCGAGCCGCUUAGCAGGAAUGGGGUUGAUAAGAUCGGGAAAGAACACGCUAGCACCAUUGAGUAUGUACCGGCCACAAUCAACGGCCAAUCCAUCGCUACCAAGCGUACCUACAAGCCUUCUAAAAUUGGUAGCAGAACGAAGACUGAUGCAGAUCCGGAACCGGAUCCCUACACACCCGAUACUACCGAUCGCAAACCUUCAAACGUGUUGUACGUGCCUUCGUCUCAAUCGCCCAAGGAGCCACCCGCAGCUCAUGGCACAUCGGUCAAGAGAGAGCGCAACCUAUUCGGUUCAGAUGACGAAGAGUACGAUCCGGCUGGGGGUCAGGGAAGUGGGGAAGAAUUAGCGUGCAAAAGCGGAAGUGAUAAGGAUAUGUUUGCCGACGAUACAUCGCCACCACCAGAGAAAAGACUGAAGGAAGGAAGAACUUUAAAAAAGCGCCAGGGCAGUAGCAGCCACGGCGGAUCAUCGAUCAAUAAGCGAGAGGUGUUGCACCGAAAUAGCAAACAGAUCACGCGCAACCUCGCUGAGACUGUUGAGGAAGAGAAGCGAAGAACCAAAAGUUCACCGAAUGUUCACGAUCCACCAUCGACAUCGGAAAGCAGCAACUGCACGAACAGCCUGAAGCUUAAAAAUGGUGUUCGUAAAAAGAAAGCUACCCGGAAACUGGAAACUGGAUCACUGCCUAGCUCUGGAACAUCGGAAAACGGCUUGGCAGAGAAACCGAUCGGACAGAAGCAGCCGCCGCCAACGUUGGAAGUGCUCGACUGUAUGAGUAUGUCAAACGAGGAGAUCAUUGGCAGCUUCGACUGCUUCGAGGAGGAAUUGCGAGAUAUCUUUUAUCGGUAUAAAGAUUUGACCGAGCGCCACUGGAAAACAUCCUCCGAAGUGUGCUAUUACACCGAUCUAACGCAUGUAGUCGACGAGGAACAGAAGUUACUCAUGCUGGACCAUCUCGAGGACGCAUUCGUGUUGGAGCGUGAUCGGGGCAAGUAUACGGAAUUUUUCACUUCAACACUUAUGAUCGAGUGGACACUGCGACUUUUCAUGCAGCGGCACCACUUCCGCGAUCGACGUGCUGCUCUCGAUCGCAUCAGGCAGCAGGAAACGGCUUACUUUGCUUCGUUGGCAAACGAUCCUCAGGCAAUGAGGCACAAGUAGUAUUCCACGUUUUCGCCAUCAUACGCGCAUCACAUUUCCGACGGAUGCCCGAAACGGGAUCGUUUAUACUAACAGAAUAUAGAUAGAAAUGAU